AUUUAUUACGUCUCUCUCUCUCUCUCUCUCGUUUCAUCCACUCUGGUUUUUGUCGGACUUUGCUAGAAGAAACCCUAGACCACAAGAGACUCUUGGAUUGUGUAUGAGAGAGAGCUGCUCAUCGAUUAAUGGCGGAGCACUUGGCGUCUAUAUUCGGGACGGAGAAGGAUCGAGUGAAUUGCCCGUUUUACUUCAAGAUCGGUGCUUGCAGACAUGGUGAUAGGUGUUCUAGGCUCCACACUAAGCCUAGCAUUAGUCCUACAUUGCUUAUUGCCAAUAUGUAUCAAAGGCCUGAUAUGAUCACUCCUGGAAUCGAUCCUCAGGGCCAGAACAUAGAUCCUCGCAAAGUCCAGGAGCACUACGAGGAUUUCUACGAAGAUCUAUUUGAGGAGUUGAACAAAUAUGGAGAGAUUGAAAGCUUGAAUAUUUGUGACAAUCUGGCUGAUCACAUGGUGGGUAAUGUAUAUGUUCAGUUUAGAGAGGAGGAGCAUGCUGCAAAUGCACUGAAGAACCUUAAUGGAAGAUUCUAUGCAGAUUUCCGUGAAGCCACAUGUAGGCAAUAUGAGGAGAACACAUGCAAUCGAGGUGGCUAUUGCAAUUUUAUGCAUCUGAAAAAGAUUAGCAGGGAAUUGAGACGGCAACUGUUUGGGAGGUAUCGGCGGAGGCGCAGCCGCAGCCGCAGUCGAAGUCCAAUCAGGCAACGUAAUUAUAAGGAGCAUCCACAUGGUGGCCGUGGUCAUGGUAGAUGGCAUGAUGACAGGGAUCUCAAUAACUUUGAUGAUCGAGGCAGGAGGCCCAGGAGCCGAAGCCCAGGACAAAGGAGGGGAAGAAGCCCGAGCCCCAGAGGGAGGAGGAAUAGGAGUCCGGUCAGGGAAGGUAGUGCUGAAAGAAGGGCUAAAAUUGAGCAGUGGAACAGGGAGAGGGAAGCGGCCCAAUCUGGUAAGCAGAAUAAUGGCAAUAUUGAUCCCAACAAUAAUGAGAGCAAUGCCUACAGUCGUGGAGGCCGUUACAUUGAUCAGCAACAGCAAGAAGGAUAUGACUAUUGACACUUGGAUUUUUCUGGUUUGUCCUUUUCUCUAGUUCAUCUCUAUCUCUUGUUGCCCCCAAGGAGAAAAUGGUUGCAUUUUUUCAGAAAUAAUCAAUUUAUGAAAUAUAGCUUACAUGUUUCCCCUGUGCAGGUGGUGUACAGGUUCACAAUUCUAUGAUAUGGAAUGUUAAACCUAUUUUUUUAUUUUUGGACCCCCCAAUCUCCAUGAUUUACCCCGACUGUGUGCUUGUGAAUGUUCCAAGUUUUCAAUCUUUUUCUCUCCUCUCUCGACAUUCAUGUUUCAAAUCCUUUCAAUCUUCCAUGGCAGAAUGAAUUAUUGGUGCUUCUAUUUCAAUGCUUUGUCCACUCCUCAUUUCUUAGCAAUUGAAAAGUCUAAAAAAUUCACUUGGAGCAUGUCAUAAUCAGUGUGUUUUGCUGGGAACUAUUUAAGGAUAACAAUUGGCUUACCGUUUUCUGUGUUGUCUGCGUGCAUGCUACUAUGAAUUGACCUUUCUAUGACCACUGCACACAUACAGGGACCCAUCAAUUCUCCCAUGUUUCUGUAUUUGGGAUUUUGCUUUUUAUCUUUUCUUAGAAAAGUUGUGGUCUUACCUGUUUUAUGAGUUUUGCAGGUUCAGGUAUCCCUGCUCAUGGAUCAAGCCUUUUUUAUAUUGAAGCUUUCCAUGAAAUUUUUGUACAGGUUGGUUGCAUUAUCAGUGGAUUAGACAGGAUUUAAACAGAUUUUCAAUGGUGGAAGAAUCAUUGCAGAAGCUUUUCAAACUUCCAAAGAGAUCCACUUUGGUAGGUGAGCUUUUCCUUUCGAACUCUACAUCCUUCCCUUAAGGCUGCAGGUUGCUCGAUUGCUCGCUCGCUCUAGGAUAGGAAGAAGCAGACGACAGAAUAGUAGGAAGAAGACAUUAUCUUUUUACCCUUAUGAGAGAAUUUCAGCUGAUGCAUUGAGUUCUGUAUGUAUAUACUGGUUGACGAUGUUAAAUGCUAUGGAGUUUGCAAGAUUACAUAUAUUGUAAUGGAGUGUAUAUUUAUCAGGGAUAAUUGUUCCAUAAUUUCAUUAGAUUUGUUUAGUUUCUA